AUGGCACCACGAUCUCCUCAACGUCGUUACCUUCCUCAUCUUUCAUCCGAACUGCUUGCACCCAAACGUCGACACUUACCUCCAGCCCCUCCAUCUACAGCUUCAUCAUCCUCCACCACUACCCAACCCGAUUCCACUUCGCCAUCAAUCCUACUCAGUCCACCACCUGAUCCCAACAUGGCUCCUUCCAAAGACAAACUGGUUGGCUCUCCCGGUGGAGCCAGCGAGGCCAGCUAUGAGUCCGUCUUUACUGAUGAAGAAGAAAAACCUAGUGACUAUGACAAGGGUGGCUACCAUCCUGUUAGGAUUGGCGAAACCUUUAGCAAUGGACGUUAUCUGAUUGUGAGGAAGCUAGGAUGGGGACAUUUUAGUACAGUCUGGCUGGCUAACGACACACAGUUAAAUCGUCACGUUGCUCUCAAGGUUGUCAAAUCAGCUCAUCAUUAUACCGAAACUGCUGAGGAUGAAAUUCGAUUACUUCAACGUGUAGUCUCAUCAAACCCGCGUCACCCAGGCAGGCGUCACGUGGUCUCUCUUCUCGAUCAUUUUCGACACCAAGGUCCGAAUGGUUCGCACGUCUGUAUGGUCUUUGAAGUUUUAGGCGAGAAUUUACUUGGGCUCAUCAAGCGGUAUCAAUAUCGAGGUGUGCCAGAGCACAUUGUCCGACAAAUAUCUAAGCAGGUCCUUUUGGGCCUUGAUUAUCUUCAUCGGGAAUGUGGCAUCAUUCACACCGAUCUUAAACCCGAAAAUGUCUUGAUCUGUAUCGAAGAUGUUGAAAGCGUGGUGCGAGCCGAGUUAGAAACCAGCCCGGCCGCGGUUCCGACUAAAUUGGUAGGUGUGCCGCCCAGUCAGGGACGCGGUGGAGUACAGACUCCUAGAAAUGGAAUCUUCAUCACCGGAUCUCAACCAUUACCGAGUCCAUCCGGAAGCUUUGGCACAAGUCCGGUCAUUGACAAACUAGCAUUCCAGAUGAGUAAAAUCUCGGAUCAGAACGCCGCAGCAGGCUCCAGCGGAGGGACCAAAUCACCUCAGUCAGGUCACACGCCAUUUCACAAAGUCGAUACCGAUCCAACAUCCUCUCAUCAUCUGGGACCAUCUCUUUUAUCCAAGACUGCUCCUCAGCCCCACAAGUCAUCCGGCAGUGGGGCCAAUAGCGAUAGCGACACUUCACAUCUUCCCAAUCACCACCAUUCGGCCUCCACUCAUCCUACUAUUGAUUAUGCCAACCUCGCCCAAACUCCUGCAGGGGGCUCUCCAAUGUCCACUUCUCCUCGCAAUAAAUCUUCGCCACCUAGUCCUUUACCUGUAGAUCAAGAUCGACCUGCUCCGGAAGCGGGUGACCCUAAUACUUUACCUCCUCCCGCACCCUACGACCCUAUGAGUCUCGAGCGGAUAACGGUGAAGAUUGCGGACUUGGGGAACGCGAGCUGGAUCACAAAUCAUUUCACCGAUGACAUUCAAACAAGACAGUACCGCAGUCCUGAAGCGAUCCUUGGUAGCAGUUGGGGCACACCUGUGGACGUUUGGAGUGCAAGUUGUAUGAUUUUUGAGCUGUUGACAGGUGACUAUCUGUUUAACCCGGAUGCAGUCAGCAAACGUUAUACAAAGGAUGAUGAUCACAUUGCCCAAAUCAUCGAGCUCGUUGGCCCUUUUCCCAAACACAUCGCGCUCUCUGGCAGUUUUAGUUCUACAAUAUUUAACCGAAAAGGGGAGCUACGGCAUAUUCACAAAUUGAAGAAUUGGCCGUUGGACUCAGUCUUGACUGAUAAAUAUUGCAUCGAUAAAGAGCCAGCGGCUCAGUUAACUUCGUUUCUUCAACCUAUGCUGCACGUUGUGCCUGAUCAACGAGCCACGGCCAAAGAGAUGCUAAGUCAUAGCUGGCUGAAGGGUGUUGUUGUCAUGGGUGAACUCGAGACUCAGUUAUUAGAGCAGCAAGAUAGAGAUCGUCAAGAGAAGGGAGAGGCUCAGGUAGAUCCAAUCCUACCUGCAGCUCAAUCACUGGGAAAACAUCAGCUUGUGGCUCCACCUGGUGCUGCUAGUAAUUCAACCGGGGACGAACUUGAUUUCAGGAUAGCACAGAAAGCACCAGCCGAAGUGAACGUGGUCGAUCAGGUUGGUGCUUCGAAGCCUUUACCGGUCGGUUCAUCUGAACAUCAAACUCCACCACAAUCUUCAACGAUCACUAGGAAUCAUCUUGGAUCCUCAACACCAGCCUCGAGUAGUUUGCGCACGAACAGUAGCAUGUGUGGAAGUAGUGUAAAGAGUGUAGGAGUUGGGAGUGUAGCAAAGGGUACGCCUACUGGGAAAGCACCAGCAUCAGUGGCUAUCUCAGGUGUGAUGGAAUCAUAUGGAGCCGAUCGAAGGAGUGGAUCAGGUAGUCGUUCAACUUUGAAAGGUAAUACUACUAACACUUCUGGAGGAUCGAGGAUGAUGGGUAACAUGAGUGCUGCUAGUCCUGUACCUAAGAAAAGUGUCGUAACAGAAUCAACUCCUCAACCUCCAGGUGUAUCACAAUCAAGUACGAGUAGACAUCAAUCUCUUCAACAAAAAGUAGCAUAAAUGAAACAGAUUGAGAUUAAAUGUGGAUCGUAAAGUUAAGAUGAAAAUGAGAUGAUCAUAAAGGAGAGAAAGAAAUGAUGAAUUUUGUAUGAACUUCAAGAAUUUUAAAGUAGAUUGGUAUUAUAUACACUUGCUUGUUUUUUUUGUUUUGUUUUUUUUUCCUUUGUCUUUGAGUGUGUUUUUGAUAUGAUAUCGCUGUGUUUAAUGGUUUUGUUUUGUUUUUGUUUUGAUCUUUUUUUUUUUGAUUUUUGAUUUCAACUGUUGUUUGAAUCAAAAAUAAAAAAAAGAUCAAUCAUAAGAUUUUCUUUUCAUUAUUGCUAGCAAGUUUUUUCAUAUAUAUUUUUUGUUUGUUGUGGUUGAACUUGAAGAAGGCAGGGUGUUUUGAAAGUGAUAUGAAAAAAGAGAAGAAAGUGAAUCAAGAGAAAUGAGUCAUCAUUGUUUAAUUCUUUUGAUCUCUUUCUUUUUGUAUUUGCCUUGUAUAAGAUCAUAGGUAUACAUACAUGAUUGAUGGAUGGCUGGAUGUAUUCCUGAAUCAAUCUGUCUUAUAAUUUCU